UGAUUGACUUCAUUACCAUCUUUAGUUUAACAUCCUUGCCUCAAGCCUUCAUUCUUACUAUCAGUAUUUGCUGACUGGUGUGGACGUUUUAGACUCUGUGUAUCCAUUUAAAGCUUCAUUAAAAUGGUUUCUCAGCUACACGUGAGCAUAAGCCCGACUACAAAAAUGAUGAGACAAAUCUGAAAGGACUCGCAAAACAGUGUCUCUAGCAUCCCACCCAUGUGUCGACAUGCAUGCCAGAAAUGUGGGGAAUGUUACCUGUUUUCACCUUUACGUCCAUGACACAGAUUUAGCAGAGAAUAGAGAACCACAUAUUGCAAAAUGUCAGAAACAAACAGACCUGCACUUCGAUUUUAGCCCGCUACAGGAGGGUAAAUGAAAUAACGAACCAAAAAUAACCUGCCUGAGCACAUUAGCCAGGAACCCUCAAACAGAUAACACUCACACAAGCAGCAAGUCGACUCGUAACCUCGCCUCACCUCUCACCCAUAGCAACAGAAGCCAUCAUUUUCUCUUUGAAGUGGCCAUAAAGUAUUCAGGUGAAACAGUAACACUAGGGAAUAAUGAAAUCCAGUGCAUAGUGACAAACACAGCCAGGGUGUGGCUUUGAAUAGCUCACAUGCAUAAAUAGGCCACAGGGUUGCAGGAAGGCGAGACAGGCAGGUACAAGACCUGGAAACUUCCUCGUUGAGAAGCCGGAAGCUGUGUGAGAGCUGUGAGGCUUCUGUGUCUGGACCAUGUUCUCCUCCGCUGUCCCGUACAAAAACCAGCACUACGCUGAGCUGAAGAAGGACUGCAUCAAUGACAAGACGCUGUUUGAGGAUCCAGAGUUCCCCGCCAUCAACACAUCACUAUAUUUCAGGAAACCACCACCUGGGUUGGUGGAAUGGAAACGGCCAGGGGAGAUCAGUCAAGCACCUCAUCUGUUUGUGGAGGGCAUCAGCUCCCACGACUUGAACCAGGGAGUUGUGGGAAACUGCUGGUUUGUUGCCGCCUGCUCCUGCCUGGCUUCAAAACCAAACCUCUGGAAGAAGGUGAUUCCUGACUGGAAGGAGCAGGAGUGGGACGACAAACACCCAGAAAGCUACGCUGGAAUCUUCCACUUUCAGUUCUGGAUCUUUGGCGAGUGGGUCGACGUGGUGGUGGACGACCGACUGCCCACGAUCAACGGAGAACUCAUCUACUGUCACUCUAAAGACAACAACGAGUUCUGGAGUGCUCUGCUGGAGAAGGCCUACGCCAAGCUGUCUGGCUGCUAUGAGUCCCUUGAAGGGGGAAACACUGGAGACGCUGUGGUGGAUUUCAGUGGUGCUGUCGCUGAAGCCAUCAAAGUGGAGGAAGGCGGCUACUUUAACGACCAGGAAAAACAAGACAAGCUGUUUGAGGACCUGCUGAAGGUGUAUGACCGUGGAGGAAUCAUAAGCUGCUCCAUCCAGGCGCAGCCUCAUGAAAUUGAGGCGAGGAUGGCAAACGGGUUGGUGAAGGGUCAUGCAUACUCAGUGACUGCAGUGAAGAAGGUGCGUUUGGGUCACGGGCUGCUGGCCUACUUCAGAAACGAAACCAUCCCCCUGAUCCGCAUGAGGAACCCCUGGGGCAAGACUGAGUGGAAAGGAGCCUGGAGUGACAGCUCUGAGGAGUGGUCAAAGGUUGGCGACACAGAAAGGGGCAACCUUGGCAUCACAGUGGAGGAUGAUGGCGAGUUCUGGAUGUCAUUCACAGACUGGUGCAAGUUCUUCACCGAUGCAGAUGUUUGCCGUCUCAUCAACACCUCAGUGAUCAGCAUCCAUAAGACGUGGCAUGAAGCUGUGCACUUUGGGAGUUGGACCAAAAACGCAGAGCCGCUGUUGAACCGCUGUGGAGGCUGCGCUAAUCACAAACAGACAUUCCUGCAGAACCCACAGUACCUGUUUGAUGUUACAAAGGAGGCAGAUGAGGUCCUGAUCUCAUUGCAGCAGAAAGACAUGAAGAUCCACAGAAAGUUUGGUCAAGGAGAAAAUUUUACCAUUGGUUUUGGUGUCUUCAAGGUGGAACUGAACAGGAAAUAUCGGCUGCACGACAUCUUGACCCAACAGUGUGUGCAGACGUCCACCUACAUCAAUGCUCGGACAGUGUUCAUGAGAUGUGUGCUGACUCAGGGUCGGUACGUCAUCAUUCCCACAACCUUCAAGCCUCUGACGCUGGGCGAUUACAUGAUCCGAGUCUUCACUGAUGUGGACUCAGGCUGCCGGGAGCUGUCAGUGGACAAGCCAAGGAUAAGAUGCUGGAGUUCAUUCCUUGGAUAUCCACAGGUUGUGACUCACGUUUACAUCCACGGAGCUGAGGGGCUUCAGAACCAGGACAGUUCAGGAGGUGCCGACCCCUAUGUGAUCAUAUACUGCGAGGGCCACUCAGUGAAAUCCUCCAUCAAGAAGGACACUUUGCAACCAGAGUUUGCAACCAGUGGCAUUUUCUACAGGAAAAAGCCCAGGAAGCCCAUAACUGUGGAGGUGUGGAACAGUAACGCAGUGAAGGACGAGUUUAUGGGCCAAGUGGUUCUGUCCGGCUCAGUGAAGGACUCCACCGACCCCCAGAGGCUCCAGCUGAGGAAGCGAGGCCAGCAGAUGGCCGACGAGAUGCCGGGAAACAUCAGCCUGAGGAUCAUCACUUCGUCUCAGCUGACCGCCAUGUGACCUCCACAGUGACCUGAGAGAGCCGAAUCAUUUCCAGCUCUGAAUUACGUGGUGAACAUCUUGUGUAACUUAUUUGACUGGGGCCAAAACCAGCAGCAGUACAAGCUUUUUAUAUUGGUGAAUGCUGUCAUUUGCACUUCGGUGAAUUAUGUCGAAAUGUUGAAUUGCUUUUAUUGCUCUUUUAAAAAUGUUUGCGUAAUUUAUAGAACAUUUUUAUAAUGAUGUUGUUGUAAAUGUAUUUUUCCAUUACACUAUACUGUGAGCACUAUGGGAUUCACAUUCCUGAUGCUGUGAAUGAUAUGGUGGAAAUUUAUCAUUCACACCUCACAAUUAUCAAAAUAAUCACUAUGCAGAGAAGCUUCCUAUUGUACAAGUCAGAAUAUCAUGUGUCUCUGUAAUACAUCUUCUGUCUCCUUCUUCCACCAGUUUACAAUCACAUUUCUUUGUCAUUUUUAAUAACUAGCUGCAUAUUCUUAAACAACAAAAUGAAUAAAAAAAGGAAUCUAUUCGAGGACCAAGCACUCCCA